AUUAGCCAGUGGAGCAGGUUACCUUGGGAGGUGUAGCAGAAGGGCAAGAAACCGCAAACAAAAGACAACACAGGCGGGGUCCACUCUUGGCUGCAAGCGGAGGGCGUCCCCAGGGCGCACAGGUCGCUGCGCUCUGCCGGGCGCGGGACGCAGGGUUCUGCGCGCUGGGCUGGGCUUCCCAGCUCAAACCCAAGCAAGCAUGGCGGGGCAGCGGGCGCUUCUGCUAGCUGGCUUCCUUCUGCCUGGGUUCCUGCUCUCAGAGGCCGCCAAAAUUCUAACUCUGUCUUUGGUGGGUGAGUGCUUGCGGAAGAACCAGAUAGGUGGAAGCCAUCAUCUGCUGCUGGACCAGGUGUCUCAGAUUCUUCAAGAUCAUGGUCAUAAUGUCACCAUGCUUCACCAGAGAGGAAAUUCAUUUAUAUCAGAUUUUAAAGAGAAGGAAAAAUCAUACCAAGUUAUUUCUUGGUUUCCACCCGAAGAUUAUAACAAAGAAUUAAAGGAAAAUUUUGAUUUUUUUAUGGAAGAAGCUUUGGGUGACAGAUUCACAUUUGGAAAUUUUUUAAGCUUUAUGGAACUACUGGGGCUUCAGUGCAGUCAUUUUCUAAGGAGAAAGGAUAUCAUGGACACCUUAAAGAAUGAGAACUUUGACCUAGUGAUAGUUGAAAAUUUUGACUACUGUCCUUUCCUGGUUGCUGAGAAGCUUGGAAAACCAUUUGUGUCCAUUCUUUCUUCCUCGUUUGGUGCUAUAGAUAUUGGGCUACCAAACCCCCUGUCUUAUGUUCCAGUAUUCCAUUCCUUCCUAAGUGACCACAUGGACUUCUGGGGUCGAGUGAAGAAUUUUCUGAUGUUCUUUGAUUUUUCCAUAAGACAAUGGCAAAUCCAGUCUACAUAUGACAACACCAUCAAGGAACAUUUCCCAGAAGGCUCUAGGCCAGUUUUGUGUCAUCUUCUAAAGAAAGCAGAGCUAUGGUUUGUUAACUCUGAUUUUGCCCUUGAAUUUGCUCGGCCCCUGCUUCCCAACACUGUGUAUGUUGGUGGUUUAAUGGCGAGACCUGUUAAAGCAGUACCACAGGAAUUUGAGAAUUUUAUUAACAAGUUUGGAGAUUCUGGUUUUAUCCUUGUGGCCCUGGGCUCCAUGGUGAGCAACUUUCAAGUGGAUCUUCUCAGGGAGAUGAACAGUGCCUUUGCUCGUCUCUCUCAAGGAGUUAUAUGGAAAUAUAAGCCAUCUCAUUGGCCCAAAGACAUCAGAUUGUCAUCAAAUGUGAAAAUUGUGAACUGGCUUCCUCAGAAUGAUCUCCUGGCUCAUCCACGCAUCCGUCUCUUUGUCACCCAUGGUGGGAUGAAUAGCAUAAUGGAGGCCAUCCAACAUGGUGUGCCUGUGGUGGGGAUUCCUCUUUUUGGAGACCAGCCUGAAAACCUGAACCAUGUCGAAGCCAAAAAGUUUGGUGUCUCUAUCCAGCUGAAGCAGAUCAAGGCAGAGACAUUGGCUCUGAAGAUGAAGCAAGUCAUAGAAGACAAGAGGUACAAGGCAGCAGCUGUGGCCGCCAGCAUCAUCAGGCGCUCCCACCCCCUGACCCCCGCCCAGAGGCUGGUGGGGUGGAUAGACCACAUCCUCCAGACAGGGGGUGCCGCGCACCUCAAGGUCCAUGGCCUGCAGCAGCCGUGGCAUGAGCAGUACCUGCUGGACGUCUUCUUGUUCCUGCUGGUGGUCACCCUGGGCACCCUGUGGCUCUGUGGGAAGCUGUUGGGCAUGGUGGUUAGGUGGUUGUGUGGGGCCAGGAAGCUGAAGAAGGCUUGAUGGAGGUGCUGCCUUGAUGGGUGUUUGGAGAGCCACUGGUUAUAGGAGGCUUUCCCCAGCACAGGGCUCCCCUGGUGUCUUCUCCAUACUGGCACUUUAAGGUGGCACACUAUUUUCUGCCUCUUUUUAGAAAUUCUUGUGAAGCACUCUUGAGGGUCUUUCAAAAAAAUUGUGGUAAAAUAUGCAUCACAUGAAAUUGACCAUUUUAGCCAUUUGGUAUAGAGUUUAGUGGCAUUAAGUACAUUCAUAUUGUGGUUUAAACAGUACUACUAUCCAUCUCUGAACUUUUCAUCUUCCCAAACUGAAAUUGCACUGAUUAAAUAAUAACUCCCAAUACUACCCUAUGCCCCCACCCUGACUCUUUACAAAUCCCUGUUCUACCUUCUGUGUCUAUGAGUCUCAGGCUUCUUAAUUUACCCCUCAUCAGUGGACUCCUCACUGAGACUCAAACUUUUGGCAGACAGUCCCCAGCUUCGUCUUCACUCCCUGCUCCUAGACACAAUGCCCUGCCUAGUCAUCCUCUUGUUCCCUGAAAGGGAGAUAUAUGCAAAACUAACUUCAAAGGCCAAAGAAGCCAUGGCACUGAAGUAAAAGGCAAACAGGUCCAGCUUGAUAAGAAAUGGUUUAUUAGGAACAAUUAUUAUAUGAACAGAAGCCUGUCUUGGGCUGCCACAAGAUGAGUAGGUCUCCACAACACCAUCUCCAGUUAGGCCUGCUUUUAUGGCUCUGAAGACUGGGCAGUACUUGCUGGGAGCUACCAGGAGGAGUCAUAUCCUGAGCAGAUCAAGGAAGCUUUGCCUGGAGGGUGUACUUAAGGGUGUGUUAAACAAAAGAAAAGAAUGGAGGAAGGGGCUGUACUUAAGAAGGUUUUAGGCCACAGAGCAGUUAUUGUGGUGGAAUUUCUCAAGAUGGCCUUAGUCUGGUUCAUAUACUUUCUGUCUCAGAAACUUUUCAGUCUCUCUCCUUCUUUCUACCUUUUUCACUUUUCAUGAUAUGAUAUAAGAUAUUGGCCAGUUUUUCCAUUUUGGCCUUUUCUCUUGCAUCUCCUUUUCACCUCACCUCCAAGCUCAGGAAUCCUGGUCUCUGUCCCGUGUCUCUCCUGUGAAAAGCCCCUGCUUUGCUGGUCAGAUUUGGAGGCUGCCUUUAGGCCAUAGUUCAUGCUGUGGUUUUCACUUCCCACAUUUCCCUUCUCAAGAUUAACACUCAGAAAAAUGUAGUCAUGGAGACCUCAAGUGCAGAACCUGGACCUCUGUGUGAGGUCUUGGGGCCUCAGGUUCAGUACUACUGCAGUUCCCAGGAUUCUGCUGAUUUAAAAAAAAUCACUGAUUUGCCACUAUGACAGUAAUACUUGAAUCAGAUAAGAAAUAUAAAAGAUAAUAAAAGGAGGGAAAUUUGAUGAGGAAUGGAAUUUCAAUUUCAAAAUGUCUUCUCACAUAUUAUUUCCUAAUUAUAGGGUUUAAAAAAAAAGGAACUUUACAGUGGAGAAUCUGGGUGAACACCAAGAUUAAAUAAACACCACCUUAAACAAGGGAUAGAGUUAUCAUUUCUAAUAACAGGACCAUCUGAUAUCAGAUGAGGUGGAAUCAACACCACAUGUAUAGUAUUCCCACCAAACUCCCUAGUAACCUGAAGUAUAAUGAGAAGGCAAAUGCAACUUGGGAUCCAUCAUACAAAAUAAAGAGUUAUAUCAAUGACAUGAAAGACAAAGAGAACCAAUCUCACUUAAGGAGACAAAUUGGUGUGAUAGCUCAAUGCAAUGUGUGAUCCUGGAGUGGCUCCUGCACCAGCAAAUUCAUAGCACAACAGAGGAUAUUAAUCGGACAAUUGGAGGGAUUAGAAUAAGAUUUACAGAUAAAGUAAUGUGAUUAGAUUCAUAUUAAGUGGUGCCUUCCUAAUGCAGAUUAUUUUUUUUCCCCCCUGGGAAGAUAGAAUACCUGGACCCAUAACUGUGAAUGUGUAUGCA